AGCGACCAACUAGCAGUCUAAAAUCCUUGAGCGUCAAUCGCACAGCUCGAGCUAGACUUGCCUAAGAAAAGGGGAUUUCAUUCAUGUGUUUCUCAUUUCUGAUUAGUAUUAAUCACAAGGAUAAUUAUGCAUAACAUGAACGCGUCUAAGUGUGUUUUGAUUUUUUUGUUUACCCUGCCAUUUCUCUGGGCAUAUCCUCAGGGAGCUCCAGGAGAUACAUGCAUGAACAUGAUGCCAAAACACCGGGGCACUCAAAGCCAGCUGGACGGGUCAGUCUACAGGGUAACGAGCACUACGACUUACAUUCCUGGUCAAGUAGUCACAGUCACCGUGGACUCCCCGAGUGGUGCAGUCUUCAAAGGAGUACAGGUACGUGCACGAAUGGCUGAGGGGAAUCCUGAGGACAUCAUAGGAGAGUUCACCAACCUGAGGCCAGUCAACAAGCUCAACUACAUCAACUGUCAGGGCAAGAGGCAUAACAUGGUCACGCACAACAAUACAGACCUGGUGAGUUCAGUCACUGUGGACUGGAUACCACCCAAUGAAAACGUUGGACCGAUUGUAUUUGAUGUGACGGUCGUUCAAAGUUUUUUCAAAUUCUAUUUUGGACUGCACUCCGCAGUGGUCAACCCUUCACCAACAGCUGGGUCACUCAGUCCCUGGGCUAAAGUGACGAACACAAUUAGUCCCGCUAUGACGUUAAUCAACUGGGACGAAUGCGGAGAAACCAAAGGAUGUCUGCUCUACCCACGAUACUGCAGCGGCGCCGACAAUUGUAAAGCCGGCCUCACUUACAAGAUGAACACCAACGACAGCACGAUCAGCUUCGAGAUGAUGGCCAAAGCUGAGGGCUACGUGUCGAUGGGGCUGUCCCAUGAUGCACUCAUGGGAGACGACCAAACAAUCAGUUGCACAACUCUGUUUGACACUGUGAAUAUACAAAAUGGUUUUAACUUUGCAGUCAACCAGGCAAUCAAAUACAACAUCCGGGAACCAAAGAACAAUCUGACCAAUCUAGAAGCAGCUAAGAUCGAUGGCACCAUCAUGUGUCGCUUUACCAAACCCAUCUCAGAACAGAUGAAUGUUGUCCUGGAAGAGUUUGGCGACUAUCCGCCCACACCUUUCACGUUCAACACCAGGGAGAAGUUGUUUGUCUUCAUAGCCUGGGGCAAGACGUACACCUUAACAGAUGUCAUCGCCUACCAUACAGAGAUGCCUUUUGUAUCAGAGGAUAGUGUGGAUUUUACAGAGAACAAAAUUCAUCGAGGUAGCGUCAUGCCAACGUUGAUCAGAGCACACGCUUCCCUGAUGGCUGUGGCCUGGUUGGGUUUCGCUGGAUUGGCAAUCAUCAUGGCCAGAUACUACAAAGAAGGAUUUAACGACAAGAAAUUCUGUGGAAUUAAAAUUUGGUUUCACAUUCACAGAAUCUCAGCAAUUAUGACAUUCCUUCUAACAGUAGCUGGACUCGUCCUAGUGCUGGUCAAAUUAGAUGGAAAAAUUACACAGGAUGAGUCUGCAUACACCCACAUGUGUUUAGGUUUCACAGUUGUAGCUCUUGUCUGCGCCCAGGUCCUCUCGGGUCUGCUCCGGCCCGGGCUGGAUAGCAAGAUUCGACCGCUUUUCAACUUUUUCCACAAGCUGAUGGGCACAGCAGCAUUGAUAAUUGCAGCGGCCGCUAUAAUCAAUGCCUACAAAAUUACUGACUUCACUUAUGAGAUGAGACAGUUCGGGGAGAGAACGGUGGCCGUGUGGGCGGGGACUUUCGUUUUUCUGGAGAUUGUGCAUGUUGCCUACAAUUACUUCUCAUCUCGAGUCUUAGUGAUGAGAGCGGACUCGGAUGAAUACAACCUUGACAAAAUGAGCAACAACCUUGAACCGGAAGAGUCAACGCCUCCGAGUAACAUCCUGUUGGCCAUUUUUAUUUUCUUCAUUUGCUGUUCAAUCACCGCGGCCUUGAUCAUGACAAUAUUUUUCUAACCUUGAACAAAUACACAUGGGGGUAUAUCUUUUUAAAAAAUGAUUCCAUGGGCUUGAUGAUUAAUAGACUCUACAAUCUCAAUACUAUAAUUGUUUUUAGACAUAUCAUUACAAAUCCAUAUUCAUUUGAUAACUAGUUCUAUGUAGAUAUCUAAUAAUCCACUGUUCAUAUGUUCAACAUUGACAAUCUGUUAUUACAUGAUAUAUUGAACACUGACCUGUAUAACUGUGCAUGAGGGAGUUAUUCUCCACUGCCGCCGUGUUAUUGGAGAUUUUCACACUAAAAGUUUGAUUUUAAAUAUUCGGUUUGCCAUCUUUAUGAAAGAUUAAGAUUUGAUGGCACAUGACCACAAUUUAGGCCAUACCCUUCCCAUAGUCCCUCUCUCCAUUCAACGUGCACAGUAUAGUGUAAUUGGCUAUACAGGUUACUGUUUGAAUGUUAAAAUACGUUUUUAAUUCAUGUUUUAUAAAUGGUUUGUUAAAACGUUAAUAUAUAUAAAUUUGGACAUUGCCCCAAACCAACUUCUUUAUUACAUAAAAUUCAAUAAGAAAGAAAGAAGAAGAGAACGCGAAAUGUAAAAUAUGAGUACAGCGUCAAUAUAAUGAAGCCAAAAGAAAAACAUAAGCCUAAGGAAUGAACAGAGGAAGAUUGGGAGAUUUGAAAGAAAUAAACAAAAUAAGCAAUGUCAAGGACACCAUAUUCAAAGAUUGCUGCCAACUAAAUAAUUAAAAUUACUUUGUCUUCAAGCAAAAGAUUCAAACAAUUAGAUUCUUCGGUGCUGAAAAUUGAACAUAAAUAUUUUAUGUAAUAAGAUGCAUCGCUUAUCAAAUCUUUCGCAUUUUGUACACGAAAAAUCUUAACAUUUUUGGAUUCGACUCCAUGUUUGAAAAUCUCCAAUCAAUCAACCAAGCGUCUGGAGCUCUCGUCAACAGGUAAAAAGGGAGAGGAAGAGAGAGUGAGAGAGAAACUGAGACAGAGAGAAUGUGGAUUGAAUGGACAUGAACGUCCUGUAAUGCCAAAUAAGUCCAAAUAAGGUUCAAAAUGGAUUCUUCAGUUCGCAAUGGCUCUAUGAUAGCACCACAAGACAAAAUACUUAUAAGUACUUAAAUAGAUUACAAGAUAGCGUAAACUGGAGAGUGGGCAUUCAUCAGAUUGUACUUUUUCCCAUUCCACGAUGACUUUGAUUCUUUACUGCAGCAGACGUAGCUUUCUUGUAUACUGCAGCAGACGUAACCUUCUUCGAUAUGCAGCAGACGUAAGCUUCUUCGAUACUGCAGCAGACAAAGCAAUCCCUGAUACUACAGCAGACGUAGCAUUAUUCGAUACAGCAGUAGACAUCAAAUAGUGUAUAGUUCAAUUGUGGUUUUCAAUUGUUUGGCGUCAGUCUGUUAGAUUGGAAUACAUUUUUGUAGACAAUACAGAGGAGUUAGGGUUUAUUUCUGUUUGUGGGAAUACAAAGAUGGAGACAAAUUUUAAAAAAUGGGGAGGAGGUGGCGGUGGAGAUAGGUUUUGGAAGGCGUCUAUUUCAAAACCAAAGAAUGUAGAGAUUAGAAAUGUGUUGUUUAAAUAUGUCACAAUCAAAGUGAUUGGCUCCUUUUGCUAGUUUCAGGCGUUUCUAGGGUUUUAAAACAAUGUUGGAAUAGGAAUGGUGAUUUUUAUUAGCAAUCUCAAUGGCCAGCAAUGUUUUGUGAGAUAUGGCUAAAUCUACAUGUAUGAAAAUAAACGUGUUUUAAACAAGAUCUAUAUUUAGGCCCAGACCAGUUUAUAAGUUUCUCUUUGAUACGUUGUAACAUGAGUGAUGAGGGCAUUUUUUUAACUGCGUUGUCUUUUUGUUUGCUUCCAUGUGCAGGCAAAAAAAAAAGUUUAAUUAUGUAAUCACUUUUUGUGUGUGUGGCCAGGUUUUCAGCAGAUGGUAUACAAGAAAACAAACUAUAAAAAAUACUUUAAAAAAAAAAAAGCAUAUAUGACAAACAACCUCACAAUUACUGCAGUAUUGUAAGAUUUAUCUCCCUUUUUCUAUAUAAAACAAAAUUAAUUAAUUACCACAAAUUAAUGAAUUAACUAAUUGGUUAUUUUUUUCUAUUGAUGCCAUUGACAAUGAAUACUUAUGCAAAGUUUGAACUUGAUCCAAGAAUGGGAAAUAGUAGAAAUAACGUGUUCGACAUGUUUAAUAGACAGUGAGUUGUGACAAGGUUUGCAAAAAAUCCUAUAUAAUGUUGUUGUUUUUUUGUUGUUGUUUUUUUUUAUUUGUUUUAUCCCAUUCGUUUUUAAGUGAUGUUCAUAGUUCAUACACCACUCUAUACCAGAGGGUUACCAGCUGACCACUUUUUGUAAUUGAUGCUGCAAAUUAGUGUGUAAUUUUUGUGUUUGUGUGGGUAAUUGUUUGUUAUCAGAGGCGGCCUCAGUAGUACGUGGCCCCGGGGCAAGUUUCAUACUCGGACCCACGAGCUGUAAGCCUAGACACUUUCUAUGUUUUAUUCACACACAAUUGUUUAUGCCAUUUGUUUAAUAAACUGGUUUGAUCCCAUUUUUAUCUCCAA